AUGUCUGCAAACAAGACCCUCAAGCUGCUCAACAGCAUCACUUCAACCACAUCUGCUUCACACCGACGAAGAAGAAGUUCUGUAGCUGUUACCGCUGCUGCUUCCACUCUGGCUCCGAUGUUCCAGUCGACCGUCCCUGUUCCUGUUCCUCCGAACUAUUUUCCUCACAGUAACCAGACUCAUUCUGGUCAUCAUCACCAUCCUCAUCAUGGUGGUGGUGGUGGUGGUGGUGUGAAUGCUACUGCUUAUCAGCAGUUCCUUCCGGUGUUUGUCACGCCUACAACACCGGCGUCAUCCGACCUUCAUACAUCAUAUCACGGCACCAACGUCACUUCUCCACCUCCUUAUUACUUCCACACCCCGCCUAUCAGUAGUGUUGGUGGGGCUGGCGGUGCUGCCAUUGUCGGGAAUGGGAAAAAUCAGCAGCAGCAGCAGGAGCAGCCACCAUCCCAAGUGCAAAAUCAGAACCAGUACCAGAACCAGUAUCAGAACCAGUACCAGCAGCAGCUGUUCCAGUCGGGACCUCAGGCGGGUGUCAAUCACGGUGCCAAUCACAGCCUGCAUCACACGAGAGCAGGUUCCUUGCACCAGGAUCUUUUAAAUAAGAAGCACGCCUCCCGUCCUUCGAUUUCUCAGUUCUCUGUUGCAAAUUCCUCUCAUUUCCAAUUUGCAUUCGAAGCUCAACCUCCUUCUGCUCACGAUUCCGUUCAUCACAGCUCUGUUCAUACGACAAACGGUAAUAUCAACAACACUCCUGCUGUUGCUCAGACCAUUCACUCGAAGCGUUCUGCUCAUUCUCGACAGUCUUCGUUGAAUCAAGUUCAAACUGUUGUUCAACCUCAACCUCAAAUUCAGCAGCAACAGCAACAGCAGCAGGUAGUUGGUAACUCUGGUUUCUCGUUCUUGUGCUUGAACCCCGAACCUAUCCAAGUUACUGCCCCUCAACCUGUCGUUCAAAAUCAACUCCUAACCUCAACUACCCAAGGCUUCCUCCCUGGUGGAUUUUUCUCCUUGACGCCAGAGGACUCGUAUCCUCUACUGUGCACAACAUUCGCUCAGCCCGCAACCACUCCACGUGAGAGCCACGUUAACUCCUACUUCCCAAUCAUGCCUGUCAAUCCUGUUGUUCAGCAGAUUGCCCCUCGUACUGGAUAUCAUCGACAAAACUACCAGCGUUUGACCAAACACGCAAUCUCCGCUGUCGACUCCCGAGAUUCUCGUGAAUUUCGCUGGAACCGUGUUCUUCGCUAUGUUCACGAAAUCUCAGCCCCCCACGGAUCCAAAUUCCCUCCAUCGGAUGCAUGGAUCCUCCAGCAACGCCAAAGAGUCCUUCUAACUCCUCGCCAGGGUAGCAAGGGCGAUGCUCACAGCCUUUGGGAUGGCGGUUCUCUAGGUACUAACGGCGUGGACGAUUUCAUCUGGGAUGAUGAUAUCCAAAACGGUAAACGUUUUACUAUCCCGCCGAAGAGUCAACAGGGCGAUGAUGCACCCUUCGAAGAGGAUCAUAUGGUGUUUAAUCUUGAGGCGGCGAAGGCUGACUCCGACCUCGCGUUUGGAUAUGAAGUUGAUGAUACCAACUUUUGCCCACCGGCCAAGAGGACCAAGAGUAAUGAAAGUCAGAAGGCGGCUAGGAGGGGUUUACAUGAAUACCUUGCCGCACUCAAAUCAUUUGAACUCUCGCACGCUCAGGAUAUGAAGCGUGAGGCUCCGCUUACCAUGGCUUAA